AUAAUUCUUUACAAGAUUUAACCGAUGCAGAAACUUACCAAAAAAUCAAAGCCAAAGUCGUGUUGGAAUUUCUUGGUGAUGAUCAGGUGGAAGGAGAUGAUACUAGUAUUCCAUUUAUAGAAAAUCAAACUGAAAAAUACCAAAAAACAUGGCAAGAAGCCAUUGAUUUCAUUUGCUCUAUCUAUGAACACCGAUUAAUCUUUAGAGUAAUCACUGAUGAACCGAUGAAAUUUAAAUAUAUCGAUAAAAACCUAACCGACAAAUCCCUUAAAAUAAUCAAUCUCUUAGCUAACGGAGAAAAGUUUUCUAAACAUUUCUUCGAAGACUAUGCGGAGGAUGGACAAAUCGCAGUAGAGGGAAAAUUAACUGGUGAUUUAGCAAUCCAAGACUAUCCCAAUUUAGCCGAAAUUAAUUUAGUUAACCACGAACUAACUUCUUUAACGAUUACUAAUUGCCCUAAUUUAAAGGAAAUUAAUCUUCGCCAUAAUCAAUUAACUAAAUUAGAAAUCAAUGACCAUAAUAAAAUUGAACAAAUAAUUGCGGCCCAAGAUUAUGAAGAACUAAAAAUCGAAAAAGAAGAGUUAUUAGGAGUAAUAAAAAACUUAAAAGAAGGGGGAGAAGAAGGAAAAUUAAUGUUGACCGAAGCCAUUGAAAGUAGCGACCAAGUUGAGGAAGCCAUUCAAAAUCAUUUACAAAAAACUGAACAAGAAUGA